UAUUCAACCUGUAGCGAUCGCAAGGACCGUAUGAGCUCAUUCAGUGGAUAAAGUUUACUGUGGCGAUCAGCAGCGCGUGAGUGAGCGGCUCCUGGCACUAUGUGAAUAUCCAGCACUAUAUACACAGAGAAAAGGUCACCGAGGACGAAUUCUGAGCAAGACAGCGCAAUUUUUGGAUUUUUUUUUUCUGUCUUUGCAUUUUCCCUUUUUUAUUUUUGGAACUUUUUUGGAAGUGACAAUUAGGUAUUCUGCUCGUGCACAAGAGCGAGCGCGCGGCGAGACAGGCGACAUGGUUCUCCAUCAUUUCCUCCUGUUCGUCUUUUUGGGCACUUUUGCGCUGGUUUCGCUGCCACGGACCUCCGCACAGAAAUCCAAUGGCUCGCGGUGGCUGAUUGGAGACAGAGAGAGCCAGUGUGGGAUCAUCUGCCCCAAAACACACAGCAAACCUGUGUGUGGCUCAGAUGGACGCAGUUAUGAUACUAACUGUGACCUGCAGAGGGCAAAAUGCAAAGACCGCACUCUCACACUAGCCUACAGGGGCCGAUGCAGAGGUAAAAAUUGGCCACGGAUCGACCAGCCUCCAAUGCUUCCUGCUCCAACACUGUCUUCAGAGGGUAAAGAACUGGAGCUUAAAGACGCGGGCCAGUCAAAGUGCCGGGUGGAGAGGAGCCAGGCUCUGGAGCAAGCCAAAAGACCCCAGGAGUCCAUCUUCAUCCCAGAGUGCAAUGAGGAUGGGACAUUCGCCCAGGUCCAGUGCCACACUCUUACAGGCUACUGCUGGUGUGUGACCACAGAUGGCAAGCCUGUCAGUGGGUCCUCGGUGCACAACAAGACUCCAGUGUGCUCAGGAAACUUCCGUGAAUUUAUGGCAACUCAUGCUGGGACAAAUGGAUUGACAGGUUCAGUAACUGAUAAACCCCCAGGACCCCCUAGCUCUGGCAGAAAAGUCUCUUUCCAUUUCUUUCUGACUCUCAAUCCAGAUGACGGCUCCAAACCCACACCCACCAUGGAGACCCAUGUUCUCUCAGAGGGGGAUGAAAUCACUGCCCCUACGCUGUGGAUCAAGCAGCUGAUUUACAAAGAGAAACAGAACAGCUCCAGCAGCAGAAGGCCAGAGAAAGUUCCCUCUUGUGACCAGGAGAGACAGAGUGCACUGGAUGAGGCUCGAAUCAACCCACGAGAGGCCAUUUUCAUUCCGGACUGUGGGCCUCUGGGCCUGUACAAGCCUGUCCAGUGCCACCAGUCCACUGGUUACUGCUGGUGCGUGUUGGUGGACACAGGACGGCCCAUACCUGGAACCUCAGCCAGAUAUAAGAAGCCAGAAUGUGACAGUGCAGCCCGGUCCCGGAUGUCCGAGAUGGAGGAUCCAUUCAGAGACAGAGACCUGACAGGCUGUCCAGAGGGAAAGAAGCUAGAAUUCAUAACCAGCUUGUUGGAUGCCCUCACAACAGACAUGGUACAGGCCAUUAACUCGCCAACUCCCUCUGGUGGUGGGAGAUUUGUGGAGCCUGACCCCAGCCACACGCUGGAGGAGCGGGUAGUGCACUGGUACUUCGCUCAGCUGGACAACAAUGGUAGCCAUGACAUCAACAAAAAGGAGAUGAAGCCCUUCAAGCGUUACGUGAAAAAGAAAGCCAAGCCCAAGCGAUGUGCUCGCAAGUUCACAGAUUACUGCGAUCUCAAUAAGGACAAGACCAUCUCUCUGCAAGAGCUGAAAGGAUGCCUUGGGGUCAAUAAAGAAGGUACUACAACAAGCAGCAACACCAGCAGCACCAGCAGUCAGGGGACAAGGCAAGGGACGAAUUUGUUCAUAGGUCGUCUGGUGUGAGGACCCAAGCAUCCAGAAGAUGAGCCAAGAACUGACGGCACAGAGGGAAGGCAUCUGCUCGCGACUUGAACAGAAAGAGAGAAUUUUUGGAGUGAAAAAAAAAAGAAAAAAAGAGGUUCCUAAAGAAAACAAUGAAAUGAUAACAUGGAGCCAAAAUAUUUGCACUUUCUUCUCCCAUUGGUAGACAUUUUCUCUGUCUCUAGUUGUGUUGUAAACAAUUUAUGAAUAUGACAAUUUUUGUGUAAGUUGACAAAACUUUGUGUAAUAUGGCACUCGUACAUGUGACUGACUACCUGCUUCAAAAACGCAACUUCUUUUAUUCUUAUGUUUAUUAAAGAAAACUAAACUCACAGCAAGUUCUAGUCAGUAUUAUACAGUACAGAAAUACAUAACAUUCAAGUCAUUAGUCAUUAACAUUCCAUGUAGUCUGUUGAAAUUAGGGUCCAGCAGUUGGUUUCUUAGGGCUUUUCAGUAAUAGAUCCACGUGGCCAGUUUGUUAUAUGAUGUCUUUUUCAUUUUUAUUUUGUUGCAUAACUAGUAGAGCAUUUUUGGUGGUCAUAAACUGAACAAAAAAUGGUUUAUCAUCACUCAUUCAAUAUGGUUUGACUGAAGUACAUCUUAUGUCUCCUUAAGUGGUCGGGACAUGCAACCUAAAACUUUUUUAGUAGUUGCAGGUUCAGAUUGAAUCACAUUAUAAUUAAUCGUCCCAGUGUUACAAAAGAUGAUUUGGUCUGCUAUACCCUGUUUUGUAGGUUAUUUUCUAGGUGUAUUGGUCCAUCUUUUUUUCUUCAAGAUAAUAAGGUAACGUAACAUACAAUAUGAGACUGUUGUUUCAUCUAUUUCUGGAAUUUCUGCUACAAUCUAAUGCAAAGGUUUUGGCACAACUGCUCAAAUGACAUGUUUUGUUGAUUUUCUAAGUGGAAAUAAGUGAACACAUCCUCUACAGAGAACACACUUCUGCACAUUUUAAUGCACAACUACUGCUUAUUUGACCAAUUUAAUAUACUGGAGGGAAAGUGAGGCAUAAAAUGUGGCCAUCUGUUUUAUAUUAUUAUUAUUAUUGAAAAUAUUUCAAAAUCAUCAAAUAAAUAGAAAUUGUGUACUAAAUGUGCAGGAAAAUGUAGAGAAUGUGUGCAUACGACUAUGUUGAUUCAUAUACAAGUAAUUACACUGAUCUGUGGUUAUAAAAUUAAAAGUAAUGGUUCUAUACUUUCCUACUUUACUAGAAAAAAAACUUUACAUUACCAUACAUAUGGUUAAAAAUGAAUGGCUAUGAAGGUAAUGACGUUAUGAUAUUGUCAUAGAGCUACAGUGCUUUUGCUUAGACUGGGAUGUGCUAUGAACUGUAGUGAAACUUAGGAGAGAUGCCUGAUGAUCUUUUGGUUCCCAUAUGUGCCCAACAAAUACAGACUGAAAACGUUUUAUGCUCAGCCAGUCUGUACCCAAGAUCAGCCCUGCAAGAGAGAGCACGGUUAUAGCCCUGUGCUCAUGUCUGACCUGUCACCAAUGGAUGGGUGGAUCUACACCAGAGUAGAUUCAACUCACCCUUUGAUGUGUUAUUUUUCAAUUAUAGUUGAAAUUCUCUUUUAUUCAUUUUCAGUCUUGAUGGAACUAAAUCACAAACAUAUUUUGAUAGUAAAAUCCCCAUAUCAGUACUUGGUGAAAGAGUAAUAAUAAUAAUAAUAAUAAUAACAACAAUAAUAAUAAUAAUAAUAAUAACCUCCCCAUCACAAAAUCAAGAUGGCAACUAUCCCAGAACCCAGAAAAAUAAAGUCUCCCAACAGUGAUGUGAUUAUCUUUUCUAAUUCAGGAAAGAUGAGGUUUGUUGUUGUUUAUGUUUAUGUAUGUAUGUGUUUGUUGUUGGUUUCCACUGUGCGUAUUUGUUUGUUUAUGGACAUAUCCUUGGACGCCAUUGCUUUGGCUUGUGGAAGAAGAGAAAAAUUGAAACAUUCAAGUUGUAAAUAUGUAUCAUAUGUGCUUUUCGGUCUUUCCUUUUUACAUCAUCAGUCUUGCAACAAUCUUUGGCAAAUUCUAAGUACAGCAUCAGCAUCAUUUAGAGACUUCGAGUUAAUUGUGUAAGUAAAAUGUUUUGCUCUCAUCAUAAAUUUGUUUCAAAGUCUGCACAUCACGUUUAAAUGACUGUCAUUUGAAAAUACACGUUUUAAUGUAA